CAGUCCUUGAAAGCAUCACAGGAGGAGGACGGGCCGUGGCCAGAGAGAAGGUGAAGGAGCUGAGACAUGGCGGACAACCCAGCACCCCGUGCCAGACCCCUGAUGGACAUAGCCACCUUCGAGGACAACUUCGGUGUGAAACCGGAGAGGAAAACAUACCUGUGCUACGAGGUGGAGGUCCUGGAGGGCGACACCUGGGCCCCAAUGGAGGAGCGCCAGGGCUUCCUGCGCAACCAGGGUGCGGACACACCCCGGGAACCCCGUCGUCAUGCAGAGUUGUGCUUCCUGGAUCUGUUCCCCUCUUGGGGCCUGGAUCGGGGGAAGCAGUACAGACUCACCUGGUACGUCUCCUGGAGCCCCCGCCCUGACUGUGCCCCCGAGCUGGCUGCAUUCCUGCGUGAGAACAGCCACGUGAGCCUGCGCAUCUUCGCUGCUCGCAUCUAUACCAAAAGCUGCAGCACUGCUGGGAAACCUUCGUGGACAACCAGGGCCAGGCGUUCGAGCCCUGGUCUGAACUGGACGAACACAUACGAGCCCAUUCUCAGGAGCUGGAGAACAUCCUCUGGAAUCGGAGAAACUGAAGCGUGGACUUCCGUCUCUCUAAGCAGUCGGGGUUCUUCUGCUGAACGAGGAAUAAAACACUUUCUUCAAAGAGUGAAAACGCAUCACGUGCCGCAUCUCCAACUUGAUCCACAGAAACCAGCAGAAGGCAACCAAUGGGCUGCUAAAUAUUCUUAAAAAUCUGAUCAAUUUACUUUUCAUUUAAGAUCAGUGAUGUGUUCCAAAUACACACCAGUAACACUCUAUUCGUUACUAUCAGAAUCAUAUUUAGAGGAUUAAUUAUUUAAAUUGAUUUUAAAUGCAAAACAAUAACAAUAAAGAUUAAAAACCUUCA